CCAAGACCCAAAAACAAGACUUACCCAGAGCCGUCCAUAAGGCUUCCUUCAAGAAAGAAACAAUCUUUUCGUGUACUAGUUAAGGUACAGCAUCAGGAAAAUGGCCAAUCCUAGACAAAGAAGAAAACAGCGCUCCGGUCAUGCACGCCUUACACGCAGAACUGCCAAUCGCGUGAAAAAGCCUAAAACUUUUGGCAACCAUUUUAUCAGUGAAGCUUGGGAUAAAAACUUGACUUUAAAGCAAAAUUAUCAAAAGAUGGGUCUCAUUGUCACUCCGAAUCAUGCUACUGGUGGUACAGAGAAGCUUUACCCUACCCCCAAGCGUGAUGAAAACUACGAGCCUACCGCUGAGGAAUUAGAGGAGGUCAAGAAAAAUCUUCUUCCUGGACAGGCCUUAAUCCGUCGUAAUGACGACGGUGAAAUCAUUGAAGUCGUAUACGGAAAGGAAAAGACUUUAGAUGAUGUUUUAGAUGCUCCUAUCGACCAAGCUCCUGCGAAAACAGACCUCGUUGCAAAGCUGGAGCGGGAAGCAGCUGAGCGUGCAAAGCCCAGACAAAAGAAUCCUCUCAGUAAGUACGAACGGGAGUACGUCAACCGUUUAAUUGCAAAGUACGGUACUGAUGACGAGAGUUUCGAAAAAAUGGCUCGGGAUACUAAGUUGAAUCCUCGUUUGCAUAGUUCUGCACAUUUAAAGGCUCUGUUCAAGAGACUCGACUUGUAAUGUAGGUUUAAUUUAAGCGUUUUUUGGUACGGGUUAAGUCUUGGGGUUUUAGAUUUGGUUGAACACUGCGAGUGCGUAUA